AGUGUCUGAAGCAAUGGCUUUGAUAGAUCGAAUGAUGGAUAAAGGAUGUCAACCCGAUCAGUUUACAUAUGGUCCGAUUUUGAACAGAAUGUGUAAGUCUGGGAACACUGCAUUGGUCUUGGAUCUGCUCAGAAAGAUGGAACAUAGAAAGAUCAAGCCUCACGUAGUCACAUACAGUCUGAUCAUCGAUGGUCUUUGCAAAGAUGGGAGCCUCGAAGAUGCAUUCACCCUUUUCAAUGAAAUGGAAAUCAAAGGGAUCAAAGGAAAUGUCAUUACCUACACCUCUCUGAUAGGAGGCUUCUGUAACGCCGGCAAAUGGGAUGGCGGUGCACAGUUGCUGAGGGAUAUGAUUACAAGGGAAAUCACCCCCAACAUUUUCACUUUCAAUGCGUUGAUUGAUAGUUUUUUGAAAGAGGGAAAGCUUACUGAGACUAACGAACUGUACAAUGAGAUGAUCAAAAGAGGCAUAGAUCCUAAUAUCAUUACAUAUAGUACUUUGAUAUAUGGGCUGUGCAACGAAAAGCGCUUAGAUGAGGCCAAGCAGAUGCUGGACCUGAUGGUUAGCAAGGGAUGCGAUCCUAAUAUCGUGACUUUUAAUAUCCUUAUCAACGGAUAAUGUAA